AUCGUUUGUGAUCGUUCAUUUUCCUCCGGCGGUAUGAUUCCAGAAUGUGUCAGGUUUUAGUCAGUUUUUCAGCUUGUAUUGUAAUUUUCACAAGUGUAGAAGCUUACACAGGAGCCCAGAGUAGCUGUAGAAGAGUUUCUAGCGGCAAAUAUCGGUAUUUCUCGGAGAAUGAGAGGCUUAAACUGCGAGAGAAAGCCAAACAAAUGUUUUAUUUUGGGUAUGACAACUACAUGAACUUCGCCUUUCCCAAAGACGAACUUGAUCCCAUUCAUUGUACUGGAAGAGGGCCGGAUUAUGACACACCGUAAGUAUUUUUAUAUUAUUUUGUUGACUGCCCUGUGGUUGGUUGAAGGUAUUUCGAGGGUAUGGAAUGGCGAUGUUGUGAAUCAUUGACCGAGAUUCAUCGUCACUCACUGCAUGUUGUUGUAUGAACACGCAAAUGCUUUUCGUAGUUCCGCCUGUUUAUUUUAAGUUAACUGUUCAUUUAAGCAUUCUUAUAAUGCAAUGACAAAGCUGUCCUUUCUUCUUUGUGCAAACUGUUUGCACAGCCGCUGGAGCUCUAUUAUUAGCAAAUUAAUUUAUUAGGUUAUUUACUGGUUAAUAUAAACUGGGAAAAAAGAUCAGGCUACCCUGGUAAACAUAUAAACUAUGUCAAAAUUCUCUUUCCACUAGUUAAAAAAUAAGUUUGGCAAGCUAUUUUGUCAGUCAUCAUUUAGUGGGUUUAUUUUUAAAUGAUAUGCAUGCCGUCUGGAACCGGAUUAUGGAAUCCGGAAAAUUUUUUCUUGUGGAAACUGGAAUUUGAGAAAUCUUUCUUGUGGAAUCUGGAAUCCUGGGCUUUGGAAUCUGGAAUACACCUCAAGGAAUCCUGAUCCCCCUAAGGAUUGAAAUUUCCACAUCAAAGAAUCCGGAAUCCAAUACUAGGAAUCCAGAAUCCAGAAUCCAUGCCAUGGAAUUCAGAAUACAAGACUAUCUUGGAUUCCCUUAUAUGGGCGAUAAAACAAAGCAAAUCCUCAUGCACACUGUAGGGACCCACAGAUAGGUGUGUCCUAGAGUACCGCCAAUGGUCAGUCCAUUUUUUUCUUAGAUCAGUGGGUAAUGUUCGAGCUAAUUUAUUUCCCCUCCCCAUAUUUCUUGCACCUCACAAAUUCUGCAAAAAAGAGAUUGUUCAGAACCUAGUUUCACCUUUAAUAAAGAGCAAACAAAAAACCUGUACACAGGGAUGAUCGAAGGAUUUUUUUGAGUUUGAAAUUUUCGAUCUUGCAAUUUUUUGUGUAGGAAUAUUUUGGCUAGUUUUUUGGGGGUAGCUUAAUUUGAGGUAGGGAUUUUUGGGGUAUUCAAAACAAUCUGAAGAUUCAUGAUGGUUCCCACAUAUCCUGGCUGUGUAGUUUCUCUGGAAAAAUUUAUGGCUCGGAAAUUCAGCCUGGGAUUUUUUUGGGUUUUGUUUGAAGGCAUAGCAACUGAGCAGAAAUAGGUCCUAAAUUUCAAGUGAUCUAAAUAUGUAUUGGUAUGGAGCAUAACUGAAUUUCUUUUUCCCCUAGGUCAAAUAUUAAUAUAAAUGAUGUUUUAGGAGACUAUUCAUUAGGAUUGUUAGAAUCACUUGGCACUUUAGCAGUAAGUAUGAAACCCCUUUAGUGUACACGUUAAUGUACUUUUGGAACUUAAUGAUGAGAUUGGAUGAGUAGUGUGUAAUUUUACUAUAUUAUUGUUGUUUUUAUAGAUAAUGGGAAAUAGUAGUGAAUUUAAGAGAGCCGUACAGCUUGUUAUAGAUUCUGUAUCAUUUCAAAGGAAUAAUACAGUUCAAGUUUUUGAAGCGACAAUAAGGUGAGAAUUAGUCUGCAUGGCAGACGCAUAAAGAGUUAAUGAGGGGGAGAAGGAGAAAAGUGCAAAAGGAUUAAGUUAAGUCCUUUUUACUUUCUCUCCUCAACCCCCUCCCUUCGUUUUUCCCUUCUUGCCGAUCUUGCCGAUCCCUUACCCCUUUCAAUGGCUGCUGUGCAGGCUAGGUGAAAAUUAUUAUGUAGCUUAUUUCUUACUUACUUACUUAGGCUGGGAAUCAUCCCAAGCUGAAGGCUUUUCAAUAGCUAAUUCUCAACAGGGAUGCAUAUAAUUUUACUUAACCUGGAAGGAUUUUCACUGAGAUCCUUACACACAGAUGUUUGCCUUCUUUCCAGUAGUCCCCGAACAGAACCCUUAUCCAUUGUUUUCAGGUACAACUCUGGUAAUAUACCGUCCCUUAGAUCACCUUUUGUUUUGAAUGGGUGAACCAUGAAAGGGUAGUUAUUCAGGAGGUAGGUGACCAGAGCAUUAAGAUUAGUCACCCUUGGUGCCCAAGCUACCACUUACAUGUACUGUUAAAGGAGUGCUUUUGUUGAUGAUAACCCUGACAACGAUCAACUGCCACUCGCUACAUUUUGUGCAUUUAAUUUUCAGAGUGCUAGGAUCAUUGUUAUCAGCCCAUCUGAUCAUCAAGGAUCCUUUACAACCUUUUGGUGACAUGGUACCAACAAAUUAUGAUGAUGAAUUAUUGCUUCUUGCUCAUGACAUGGCAAACAGGCUGCUGGCAGCAUUUGAACAAUCUAAA